UCCAGGUCACGCACCUCUGAAGACAUACCUGGGCGGGAAAUAAUGGCGGACUGUGUUUUUCGCCUGGGGGAUGGGGUAUAGUGGUGGUUUCAGGUUUCCCUGGGAUCGGAUUCAUCACAUUUUCUAAUAUCAUGUCAUGCGGAGGGUCCGAAGCAAUACACGUCGCAAAUAUGUCAGGAGAAGUCAAGAGUGGCUACAUGAAAAAAUACACCGGCUUUAUGUUCAAGAGCUGGAAGCAGAGAUAUGUGACGAUCUAUGCAGACGGCCAGCUGGCGAUAUUCGAGGCUCCCGGCUCGGCUGAGGGGGAGGUGGUGGCGAUGAGGAGGGACUGCAGAAGUCUGCAGCCCCAAACAUCGCCAGGUAGUCCACCGGGGUACCCGGGACCUCCUCCACAGAUGCGAGCAGCUGGACCACCUCCUCCCGGCGCCUACCCACAAGCACCACCUGGAGCAUAUCCACCUCAGCAAGGACCGUACCCGCAGGGUGCACCCUACCCGCAAGGAGCUCCCUACCCACAGGGACCUCCCCCGCCCCGAGCGGCACCCUACCCCCAGGGACCUCCCCCACCGCAGGGGGCACCCUACCCGCAGAGGUACCAGAGACCUCCCCAGCCCAUGGGAGGAGGCGGUUACCCCCGUCAGCAGGGCGGGCCGGUGUACAGUCAGCAGCCGGCCGGCGGGCAGACCGUGGUCGUGAACCAGCAGCGGGACCGGGGCGGCGACAUGGCCACGGGCAUGCUGAUCGGGGCUGCCGCCGGGUACGGGAUGAGCCGCAUGGGCGGCUACGGGUACGGGCGGGGGUGGGGGCAUGGGUACGGGGGGCACAGUGAGCACUACGAGGAUAACGACACCUACGAGCACAACGAAACAAACAUCACCGAGAACCACUAUCAUUACUACGGUGACCAGGAACAGGGAGGUUAUGACCAGGGUGGAGGUUAUGAUGAUGGUGGAGGUGGUUUUGAUGACGGUGGAGGUUUUGAUGACGGAGGUGGGUUUGAUGACGGAGGGUUUGACGGUGGAGACUUUGGGGACUGUGGUGACUAGUGAAAUGUCAGUCUUCUGUUUCCUAUUAAUUGUGGAUAGCAAGAUCAAAGCUCUAAAAGGUCAGCACAGUCCAAAUGUGUGUAUUGUUAGACUUCUAGAUAUGAAAAUGGACCUGUAGUCUUUAUACAAUUUGUACAUACAUAAGACUAUUGUCUAUAUGCAGUAUGUUUCAACACUGUCUCACAUCAAUUCUGUUUUAUUAUAGAACUGAACAUUUCAUAUCCUAUAGAUACAAGUUACCUGUAUAUUUGACGACCCACCUUUGUUUGUAAUAUUGUAUUGUAUGUUAUAUAAAUGUUUAUUUCUUAUCUACUGUAGUUCUGCAGGUUUUAUUGCAACAUAAAACAGUAAUUCCUUGUGUCCAUACAGUACCAACAAAGAAAUGUCAUUAAAAUGCAGUCUAAAUCUGUCAAUAUCAAAAAUUAUAUUCUCUUCAGUGCCUUCAGCUUUGACAGAGAGCUAAUAAAGAUACUGAUGAACACUAUAGUAAUUGUUUUGUGUCACCAAGUCCUGGUAUGUGUCUUCAGUAUUAAUCUCCAAGCAGAUAUUUUGGUGGGGGUAAGACAGUAUCAAAUUGGCCAGUCUGUAACCAUUUCUGUGUCCAUUUCUGUUGGUGGUGGUAGUGACAAAAAAAGGCCAUGUAUAAAAAGCAAACAAUCUUCCACCAUCAACCUCUGCUUGGAGAGUAUUCAGUA